CAGAGUGCAGAAAUAAAGAGAAUUGGGCUAUGUUUUCUAGGUGUGGGCCAACUACAGUCCAGGCCCAAAACAAAGCCUAAUUCCCAUGUCUGCUAGGGCUAAGGGGUUUCUAAUUUCUGAAGAUAUAUAUGAGAGCAGCCCCGAGAGACAAAAGAGAGGAAGUUGUUCUGCGCAAGAGGUCAAGAGCACCCAGCCGCCCGAAAUCCCAGCCACCCGCAUCUGUUGUUCACCAGCAGAAGAAGAGGACACCAACACGCAAUACCCAAUCAGUUCACAUUUGAACAAGGAGAAGAAGCCGAAAAUCUGUUCACCAGCAGAAGGGAGAACGCCCACCCAGAUCUGUUCGUGAAAGAGCCAACGCCGCCGACAGCCUCUGUUCUUCUCAACCAGCUUUGUUAGUGAGGGAUAGCAGCACAAGUUUGGCUUGUUCUUCAUUGGACGAGAGUUUUUGAUUCUUAAUUUGAAUUUUUUUAUCAUGAUUGUGUGCUGGAAUUACCAAAUUAUGGCUGUUGUUGACAACAUAAUCAUGCAUAGCUAAAUUAGGGAUGGAUGGAUUUUAAUUUUUGAAAUAUGUGACUGUUUUUGUUAGUUUAAUUCAAGAUUUAUUGGUUAUUUGCAUGAUGAGUUUAUAUUAUUGAGUUUAAUGCAUUGAGAGCCUGAUCACCUUUCAAUUGAUUUAGUGAUUUAUGCAUAAAUUUGAGAAAGAAUUGCGUAGAUUAGAUCAAUAAUAAUAUAAAUCGUGUGCUAGACUAUGAGACCGAAAGGUAAUUAGCUCACAUGUGGUAGUGGAGGAAGAGAAGAGAGUUAGUAGCUCCCUUUUUUAAGCUAGAGGUUUCUAUAGAAUUUAAUGCUCAUUAGUUUGUUUAAAAUUACAUAGAGAUAUGAUUAAUUUAGCAAACAAAUGAAGGAUUAGCUUGACUUGAGAAAGCUGGUUAAUUAAUUUAGGAAAAUCCG